CACCCAAACCACUUCCACACGACCAAGUCGCCCAAUAUGGCAGACCGAAUGGAAGGCGUAGUAAUGAGCGGCGGUGUGCCGCAGAUCGACGUCUCAAAAUACCCCGUGCCCGUGGAAACAAUAUACGUCAACAACCUCGAGGAGCGCGUCAAAAUCGACACCAUCAAGGACGCCCUCACCCGCGUGUUCCAGUACUACGGCCCGAUCCUCGACAUCAUCGCCAAGUCGUCCAUGAAACGCAAGGGCCAGGCGUUCAUCGUGUUCGACAGCGAGAAAUCGGCGCUCGACGCCAUCGAGGACAUGAACGGCUUCGAGCUGUACGGCAAGCCGGUCCGCGUCUCGCGCGCCAAAACCCACAGCGACGAGACAGUGAAGCGGAAAGCGGCCGACCUGUUCGAGGAGCACAAGCGCAAGCGGCUGAUGCUCAAGGACUUCAAGCGCGCCGAGGAAGACGCCAAAGCCGCGUCCCAGCCCGCGCUCACGGAAACCCAGAAACCGCGCCCGGCCAAGUCGGGCGCCGCCGUGGUCCCCGACGAGUACGUGCGCCCCAACAAGACGCUGUUCCUGCAGAACAUCCCGCGCGACGUGGACGAGGACGCGCUGUCGGAGAUUUUCGAGCGGUUCGAGGGCUUCAAGGAGGUGCGGCUGGUGUCUGUGCGCGCGGUGGCGUUUGCCGAGUUCGAGAACGAGCAGUUUGCGAUUACGGCCAAGGAGGCGACGAGCGGGACGCUGGUCGGCAAGGAGGGCGUGCCCAUGAAGGUUACGUAUCAGAGGCAGUAGAUGGGGGGAGGGGUGUAAUGAUGUUUAUGAUACCUUGGUUGGAUUGCAUGGACGUUGGAGGUCAGAUUACAAGACGUCAGAAGUCAGAUUGCAAGA